AUGGCGGCAUGUGUGAAGCCCUCACCCUCUUACGGGUGUGAAUAUUAUCCAAACACACUGCUAAAUACCUUAUAUACACUCUGGAAUUCACAACAGUUCUGUGAUGUAGAAAUAUCAACUGGUGGAUCAGUGGUGAAGGCUCACCGUGUAAUACUCUCAGCGGGAAGCCCCUAUUUUCAGGCCAUAUUUACGAGUGGUUUUGCUGAGGAAACACAGUCUUCAAUAGAAAUGAAGUCCAUAAAACACAAUAUAUUAAUUCAGAUAAUCACAUUCAUGUAUACUGGAGACAUUGAGGUAACAGCGGAAAACGCCGAAGAGUUAGUUGUUGCUGCAGACAUGAUGCACAUGGACUAUGUUUUACGUGUUUGCACAAACUUCAUCAGGAGGAACCUUCAUGCAUCCAAUGUUUUAGGAAUUUACAGGUUUGCUAAGGCCUAUUCCCAUGGCUCUGGUCCAUUAGAAUCUCUGAAGAAACUUACGGUUGCAGUAUGCGAAGAAGAUUUUAUUAGAGUGGCACUAGAGAAAAAGUUUCUUGAGACUCCUAAAGAAAUUAUAUUACAUCUUCUGGAGAGAAGGAAAAGGGAAUCCCCCUUUCUACCAUUAACAUUGGAGCAGCUCCAGCAUAUAAGUAAAACUAGGCAUGUCCCCCGUACAGGAUAUACUAGUAGUUACUCGUUCGUUACUCCUACCUUGACUUUAUACUGCAACCAACAACGGGAAAAUAUGGAUCAGCAAUUGAAGCAGGAACACUAUGGUAGUCAACCCUUUGAUGAAGGAGAGAAAAAGAAGCUACAGCUACUUGAUGCUGUGUUGAAAGCUGAGUCGGUUUUAAAUGCUGAAUUUAGAGAAAGAGAAAAAGAGAAGCUAUUUGAUACUGAGUUAGAAAAGAAGAGAAGAAGCUACGUAAUUGUGGUUACAGAGUGUGAUGAUGAUGAUCA